UCUUCCGCUGCUAAUGAAAGUUAAUCAAUAUUUGAACGGUAGCAUUUAGCAUGAUGCAGUUUCUGUUUAGAAAUAUUAACAUGAUAGUGUAAUGCGUCACUCUCGGACGUCUCACGCAAAGAGGGACAUCAGUUAACUUGGAUUCAAAUUUUAUCACCUGUCAAAGAUACACAACUAUGGAUUCUCAAAGAAGUUUGGCUGAUGAAGUCAAGCCAGAGGAUUUGAGCAGUGAUGCUUCCCAAACAAAUGAAAAUGUGGAUCUUUUUUGUGCAACGCAAAUGUCUAACAAACCAGAAGACCACCCACCAACUGAAGACAUGUCCAAUAGCUUAGCUUCUCAGAAUUCAAUGGAUUGUGAGCCCCCAUGUGAACUGGAUGAGUCUGUUCUUGGAGACAACAGAAUUAAUCCAGCUGUAACCCCCAGCUCUAAUGGCCAGAAAUCUAGGAGACCUGAUUCACCCGGGUCUCCUCACCCAGUUAAAGCAACCUGCCUUGGUGCAUGUUCUGCAAAUCCAAAACUCACCCUUUGUCUUAGUGUUAGUUCUAGGAAAGUUGAAGGUACACCUAGUGACAUAAAGGUGCUGAGCCCCGACAGUCCAGUAUGUAAAAACACAUUUAGCAACAGCUCUACAGACAUACUUGAUGCUGAAAGCCCGUGCACAGAAGACACUGACUUUGCAAAGGCUCAGGUAGUGGAAUCUCAGCAGGUUGUCAAAGAUUCUGACUCUGGAAGUUUGGCCAAAGAAGGAGUUCAUCCUAUGGCUGUAAACACUGAAGGUGAGGAUGUUGAGAUGAUUGAGUGCGGUACCUCAUCUAAGAUGAGUACUAGUCAAGACCUAAAGGAACACCAGACGGAUGCAAGCUUCAAACGAGUUUCUUUCCCAAUGCAGAACUUUGACAAAAGAUGGUUGGGGACACCCAUAGAUGAGCUCAACAGACUACCGCAGUGUGCUCCCCCUUUGUCUCCCCUGAAAGCAACGCCUAAUCACUCCGUCACAAUCAGGACAGAUCUCCUCAGAGAGGGAGAGGUCCCCGUCCCGUACCCCUCAAAGUUCAGAGAUGCAUGGGAUGAAGGGUCAGUGAAGAUGCCCUGCUCUGAGAAGAAUCUGUUUCCUGUGGAGACCGAGGAUGGUGGUGUUCAAAGUCGGUGGGAGCUAAUCCGAAAUGCCUUGCAGAGAGGCUUCAAAAGUUGCCUGGAUGUGAGGGAUGCAAUACUGAGGUACCACACGACCCAUGCAAAGAAAUGGGACUUCACUGCCUUGAACCUUCUUUGCACAGAGUAUCUUGAGCACUGUGAGGUACAGCACCUAUUUGACAAUGUACUACCGGCUUUGGUGGACCUGGCUUUGAGUGCUCCUCGCCUCUGCACAAUGCCAAUCCCUUUACUCAAGUCGGGCAUGAACCAUUCCCUGACUCUGUCUCAGGAGCAAAUAGCCUGUCUUUUGGCCAACGCCUUCUUCUGCACAUUCCCACGACGCAACUCCCGCAAGUCGGAGUAUUGCAAUUACCCUGAGAUCAACUUCUACAGGUUAUUUGAAGAUUCCUCAACCAGAAAAAUUGAGAAGUUGAAAACUCUGUUGUGUUACUUCAGAAGAGUAACUCAGACUAGACCCUGUGGUCUUGUUACAUUCACAAGACAAACUCUUAACCAUCCAGCGAACUGGGAAAGUUCUCGGACUCAGCUGACUCGUCUGCAUAUCACUUGUGAGGGGACAAUUGAAAAUGAAGGGUACGGGAUGUUGCAGGUGGACUUUGCAAACAGGUUUGUAGGUGGUGGAGUUACAGGACAUGGACUGGUCCAGGAAGAAAUCAGGUUCCUCAUCAACCCGGAACUUAUUGUGUCUCGCCUUUUUACUGAAGCUCUGGAAUACAAUGAAUGCCUCAUCAUCACAGGAACCGAACAGUACAGCAAAUAUACUGGUUACGCAGAAAGUUACAAAUGGAAGGCGAGCUACGAAGAUGAGACGCCCAGAGAUGACUGGCAGAGAAAAUGUACAGAAAUCGUGGCCAUUGAUGCUCUUAGAUACAGACACUUUCUGGAGCAGUUUCUUCCUGAAAAGAUAACCAGAGAACUCGACAAGGCAUACUGUGGAUUCUAUCGAAAUAAUGCCAACAUGAAACAUCUCUCUGCUAUAGCCACAGGGAACUGGGGUUGCGGCGCUUUUGGUGGAGACACACGACUCAAAGCACUGAUUCAGUUGAUGGCUGCUGCAGAAGCUGGGAGAGACGUUGCAUACUUCACAUUUGGAGAUGCUCAGCUUAUGAGAGAUGUUCAUGAAGUUCACAUUUUCCUCACUGAGAGACAAGUCACCGUAGGCCAGCUGUACAGUCUUCUGAACCAGUACUUUGACGACGUGUGCAAGAACUGCCACAUGAGUCGACCGCACGUCAGCCUCUACGAUUUCAUCUACACAAAAGUCUCUUCGCUUGCUCUGAAUCCUGGGACGUCACCUGUCAUGGCAGACUCUCACUAACAGGAAAACAACACAAACCUUGUUUCACUUUCUGCCUCGAUAAGAGAGAUUCCAGGUUCACAAACUUUAAUGCGCUUAAAAUCACUUUUCACACACACACAAUCCCUUUAAGUUUGUAGUCCCAACACACAAACUACCAAAGCAGGGUUUUGCCUUUUAAAACUGACUGUAUUACAGGAGCCUCAUA